UGGCCAGAGGCUUUUGGCGACCGAUCCGUGGAAAGGAAAAGGUCAAAUUAAAACAAAUUUAAAGGUAAAAUUCUAUCGCCGGAUUAUGUCUCUUUUUCGUCUGCGACUGCAUCAUGUCAGCUGCACCAUGAAUCAGAAGACCCUGACCCCCUCUCCCAGUUAGAGGGCUCCCUGUUUGAAGAACCUGUUACUGAGAGUGGCAUGAUGGAAAUGUCAGAGACAGUUCAGUCCUUUCUAGAGGAUGGGCAGCGGCCGGAGGCAUCUUUGGAGCUGCGUUUAGCCUCCCUGAAGGCUGCACACCAGCAGCAGCUUCAGCAGGUCCAGCUGGAGCACCAGGCCGAUCUAGAGGGGCGGAUACUGCAGGACUCACUGCUGUCCUCACACACCGGCUCCCCAGUCAAGACACACGGGCCACUGGCAAACACCCGUGGUGAUAGAAACAGCUCCAAAAACAGAGGGCACAUCUACAUGUUUAAUAAACCAAAGCGCUCCUCCUCCACACCUGAUUUGAGCUCCAAGAUGAGUCGGGAGAAAACCCCCAUGCCCGGGCGAGCAUGGACAUCAGGCACUGCUCCGAAUGUGGCUCAAGGCAUGAUGAGAACGGCCCAUCUCCAGGAUAUCCCACUUGACAAAGAGGAAAUGGCCUGGGCCGAGUGUCAGAAGCAGUUCCGUGCGGCGCCCGUACCCAAGCACAUCUUCCGGGCCCGCUAUGAUGACAUGGUUCGGGAGUGGGAGCGAGCGAGGCACGAGGCUCGGCAGCAGAGGACAGAGUUCCUCCUCACCAUGCAGAGGCCCUUCACUUUCCACCAGAGGGAGGAGCGGGAGAGAGGCAGGCCAAGGCAGGGCUCAGGCCCUGAGCAGCACAGAGAAGGCAGGAAACACGCUGCCGCAAGGAGGCCUACACUUAAAGAAGUUACAGACCCAGCAAUCUCUGAACAUCUGAAAGAGGCGGAGCAACAGAGGAAGCUCCGCAUUCAGGCGAGGGCUCAGGAGACCCUCAGGGCCUCCUCGGCCCCCAUCCAGAACCUGUUUCACCGAGCUGACUGCCCAACACGCACUGCCCAGAGGACCAAGAGCAAGGUGUUGGGCUUCUUGGAGCAGAAGCCAUCCUUCCGUCCAAAGAUCAACGCAGAAGUGCCUGAUUUUGAUAAGCUGUACCAGGCCUUCCAGAGCAAGUUGCAGGAGAGAGCAGAACAGAGGGAGAUCACCCUCUGCCAACCAUUCCAGCUGCGCACAUCUGCACUUCAACCACGCCAGAGCAAGAGCAGGCCAGACGAACAACUGACAUAUACAUGCAAGAGCAGUUUAAAGAAAAGUCAUUCAUUCUGUGGCUUGACAUCAUUAUCCAUGGACACUCUUCCAACAUACAUAACAGAUGCUGCCCGGAGCAGGUCCAUGGCCAUAAGGAAGUCCCUGGAGCUUAGGGAUAGUAAGGAGCAGGAAAACGCUCAGUGGAUGAAACGACAUCGAAUGAAUGCUGAAGCCAUUAGCAGAGCAGUGCUGGCACGCUCUAAGGCCAUGGACCCCCACAAGAGCCUGAAAGAAGUGUACCAGGAGAAACUCAAGCAGCACAGACAGGCCGAUCGGGAGCGAGUGAAAGAUUAUAAGAGAGAACUGAGGGAGAUGAGAGCUCGAGUCACGACCCGCCCAUACCUCUUUGAACAGGUGUCACAGAAAAAUGCAAAGAGCGAUGUUGAGCGCAUAUAUAGAAACACUCUAGCGCAAGCAGGCCUGGAUGAAGACUUUGUGAGAUCCAAAGGAGAAAAUGAUGAAAACCACAGAUCAAAUCAUAAGGAUGCUGACUCUGAUAGUGAUGAUCAUAGCUCUAAGAUGGGGACCCAGCAAAGGACAGAGGGUGAAAUUAACCACGGCUGCAGCAGGGUGGGGUCAUGGGAGGACAGCGGCCACAGUGAGGAGGGAGCAGAAGACAGCGCAGAGCCCCUGGCUAAGACAUCAGCUGACAGGCAGCGAGGCAUUGGCACACGGUCCCAGCAUGCCUGGCGACCGCGGAGGGGAGCACGGCGCGGUCAGGCGCAAGAACACUGGCACAUUCCGGCAUCUAGAAUCAGUUCAACAGUCCAGGCUUGUUGAGAAAUGUGGUAAGCCAUCCAGAGCCGGGAGAUGUAGCUCAUUUCUUUGUUGCCAUUUGUUUGUAAAUGCUUACAUAUUGUGAUUAGAAGUGAUUUCUGCUGUGGCAGGGUGAUUAUGAUUCACAGCAUGCGCAGUAAAAUAAACAAAAUCAAUGACAAGUUGGGCUUUGUGGAUCAAAAUGUGUUGGGGACUGCAGAAAAACACUUGCAGGCCAAAAACAAAUAGGUAAAAACCAAAGGGAACUGAAUAUUAAAACACGUUUGCUUAAGUUUUACUUCUUACCCAUUAGCUCAUGUUUGAGACCACACGAAGGACGUUACACCUAUCGAAGCAGCGAGAAGGAAGUCUCUUGGGGGUUGGUACCACAAAAUAAUAACAAACAUUGAAUUAGACAACAUUUACCAUGCGAUACAAGCAAAUACCCUUAGCAGCAUGUCAACUGUGGGUCUACAAAGUCAAUGUAGUGAUGGACAACGGUACCAUAAUUAUUAUCUAUAACUGUCACAGAGAAAAGCUUUAUUUCCUGAGCCCAACGGGAAUGACUACAGGAAUAACGUAGCAAGUUCUCUUUUGGGACAAGGCACAUCUGAACCUCCCUUUUCUGAGAUGUAAAUCUUGGGGAUGAAGUCUGGCUAUUUCUAGAGCCACAGUACCGCUAAAGCAAACAGCCUCAGUUAUUUCUCUCUCAUCAUGUUCGCGCACUGCCUCUGUGGCCUACCACUUCAAGACAACUUGUACCCGGACCAGUCUUACAGGGAACACGUUGUCAAUCCUAUUUCUGAUUCCUUUGGUGAUAUAAGUUUCAGAAAUUAAGAGCAUAAAUUUUGCAGCACGUUUAAACAUAUCGCUUAAAUCUUUUGAGUUAAUAAAACUGAAAUCAGUGCAUUUGUUCUGCUGAAAGUACAACCUAGAGUACAAAAUGUAAAGUUGGCUGGGAUUACGCAUUUUGUAGGUAAAAGAUAUAUUAUGCCUUGAAGAAUUCACUGACUUAAUUCACUGAGGCCAUACUGAGGGAUGAAAAAACAAAACACUGAACCUAGCCACCAUGUAAAUGUAAAUCGUCUGUCAGAGAAUAUCAAAAUAUAUGGGACACGUGGUCCCAUAAGCAGUAUGUAGGCUACGCUGCCUGUCAAUAUCGCACAAGCUUAAUCGAGAAUCCGACGGGAGGAAAACAGCCUGGGAUCUGAGAGAUGUGGCCCGAGCUUUCAGCAUUUCAAGGGCUUCUGCAAGGUCGUCAUGGCAACUGUGCUCUCUCUUGCUACCCUGUCAUUCCCUGACAGAUUGUCCUUCAUAAUGACAGCAGUGCUUUUAUAAACCUGGGAGAAUGUAUGAGGUCAGUUUCUUUUUUGCACUGAUUGAAACUGAAUUGAAAUCACUAACCUGAUCAGCCCUUUGACAUAUGCUCUAAAAUAAACUGUACAAUUAAGAAAAAAAUAAAUAAAUAAACGAUCAUCCUUUUUUUGCUAACAGCAGCUGUAGAGUUGCUAUUUGUGUAAAUAAAUUUAAGAUAGUGCCACAAUCUCUGGCAAAGCCACUGGCUAUUUAGUACAUUACUUGGUAUGGUGCAGUUCACAAACACAGCAUUCCUGACUUAUUUAUUUUGUACCUGGGAAAGUAUUUAUGUUGUACCUAUUUUUCAAGACUUUGCAGAGGGCUGCUCUGUGUUUUAACUCUACUCUUUGUGAAGAAAUAAAAUUUGUCCUUCUGUUGACAGCCAGGAUCUCACCUGCAGGAGGAGCUGUGGCUCCUGACAUCUUCAUCUUCCUAUCGCUAGGAGCAACACAGAGCUCGGAUCUGUUCGUCUGUUUCCGUGUUCCGUCUCUCCUCGUUAACUACAUAAAUAUGCACACUGAAUAGGAGGAUGAGCAAAUGUAGGAGCGUUCCGUGGCGAAUCACAGGUAAAAGGUAGAGAAGGGAGACUGAUGAGGAGACAGCGAAGGAGGAUGCAGACUCCCCUGUCAUGUCACCGUGACCGCACGUCAAACUAGCGUGAAGAAGCCCGCUUCAGCAAGGGGAGAGGGAGCAGGGAG